GAACAUUUAUUAAUAGAGAUCAGACUUCGCGUCGUGUGGUGCCGUGUGCAAACAUCCUCCAGCGAGAUGCGGAUCGUGUAAGAAAGCAGUUUGACUCAGAAUCCUCGUCGCGGAAAAAUAAUUCUGCCCGAUUGUAUGGGAUUCUUAUUAAAAGAAAUGACUCUCGAUCGUGUUCGAUGAAAAAUCGGCGGCUAUUGGAUUGCGUCGAUAUAAUCGGUGAAAAAUUACCGAUUGCUCUCGAUCUCUGUGUCGUUUUAUAUUGUCGCGAGGAGUAUCUAAUGAUCCAAAUUUUUCGUGCUAGUGUUUGAUCGAUCGGAUAAAUAAUUCUGAAAACUAGAUUGUUUUAUAGAUAAUUGUGCAACUCUGAAUGUGCGCGCGCGUAUGUGUGAGUAACGUUUUACGACGAUUGGUACGGGUGUGUGUUUUUAUAUCGUGCGGUUUUACACGAUAAUCUUGUCUUUCGAUUAGUAUGACUACUAUUUGAUCUUAAGCUGAAGAAAAGCCUUUGUUUCUCGAAUAAAAUAUAAAAUGUUUAAAAAAUAUUUAAAGCUCUUCUAAGAUAUGUCGCGAAAGGAGUAUAAGCAAUAAAAAAAUAAUAAAAUCUAGAAUUAUAUAAAUAAGAAAAAGGCGUACUUUGCGUCAUAGCACGUCGCAGCAUGCUAAAAAAGUGUACAGGUUAAUAUACAUAUGAUGCAUCAUCGUGUUCAAAAAUUGCGAUAACGAAUCAUAUCGCAUCGUUAUCGAUGUUACGUCACAGACUCUAUCGUGAUAUAUUGUAUAUAUAACUACAUUCGGACAAUUGGCGGUUCGUUAUACACAAUACACACGGACGGAAAUGCUAUUAUAAUAUAACGGCCAUCGGCUGUGCGAACUCUGACAUAUCUUGUCAACGAAUAAUGUUAGUGCUGUUGUUGUGCAUCAUCAUGAAGAUAGCAGAGUUUUCCGUGGGCCGAAUGUGCUCGCCGCCGCUGACGUGGCCAUUGCCGCCCACUUGCAAUAGGCGGUGUAAAUGUAAACGAUGCAAGCGGUACAACAGCCCUUUACCUAAGCAUAAGCAGUGUUGGCAAUCCUGUGAAGAUAAAUAUAUUUCGCGAAAACUUGCACAAGAAGGCAUAGCAGUAAUGGAAGAGCCACAAACUCCAGGAUCUGAUUGUAACUCUAAUCCAGCGACUGAUUCCAUCCAGCAGGAUUUGGUUGGCUCGGAAUUUGUUCAGGACAAUGUUGAAUAUCAAUGGUUUAUCGAUUAUGGAUAUAGAGAUGGAGGACUACAUAUCCAUCCUAGUGUUAUUUCAUCACUUUCUGUGUCCUAUUCCUCCAAGGAUCUAGGUUAUUAUGAUGAUCUUGCUCGUAAUUUGGAUGCUAAUCUGGCAGAAAUUGAUAUGGAAAGUUUUCGUACAGCGGAUAUACAUACCUUGCUUACGGCUCUACCUGUCAUGUGUACAGAACCAGCUCAACAUUCUGAAUUUAACUAUCAAAGGGAACAAUUUGCCAGUAUAUCUGGAUCUGUCAUGGAAAAGCUUGACAUCGGUUCUUCCAUCAGCCCUCAUACUAGUAGCCAGGGAGAGGAUUCCGCGUGUUCCACCACUGACACAAUAUCCAUAUGCAAGUCGUCGUUGUUAUUUUCCCCAGUAAAGGAAACAUCAAUGCUACCAUCAGGUGGUAGCUAUAGCGUGGAUUCGCUGGACUGUGAAGACAUGUUGCUCACUUGUCAAACAAAUAAUAAAAAUAAUUAUACUAUUGCUUUUGAGGGUAGCAUGACUAUGUAUUCGGAUGGCUCCCAAGAUUUUGAAAGUCAUGAUAAACACAAAACAUAUGAAUCAUCAGAUGUAUUCUAUGACAAACAGAAAGAUAUGAAAACUAUACCGGACUUAUCAAUGGCAUGCUCUGAUUCAAAGAUAUACACGACAUGGAGUAAUCUGAAAUAUUCUUCCAUGAAUAAAGCAAUAACUCGUCAUCCUUCUGGCAACAAUAACAUGAUACCAGAUAUCUCACAAAAUACUGUUAGUCUAACACUUGGUAGGAUGAGUAAACGAAGUCAAAGCUUACCGGAUUUUUCUCGCGUUCAAAAGUUUCAGCAUGCUAAUAUACCUGUUAAUUUCAGUGUUGAUUCCACUGAAUCAAAUAAUCUCGUGCAAAGGUUGCAUAAUUCUGGAUCUAUGAGUUAUUCGACAAACGCGGAAAGUUUCGACAACACAGAGAACGCUUGCACGAAAAAACUACAAAAUCUAAGUCUCGUUAGGCUCUUCAUGAAACAAAAAAGCAUGAGUGUGGAAGGAAUGAGUUUUACUUUGGAUCAGUCGGAUUCCACCAGCGACAAUAAUGGUAGUAACAGUAGCAAGGACAGCGUGACCAAUACGAAUACUCAGAUACAACGGCAAGAUAAUGUUUGCGAUCGUCGCGUAUCCGAAAACGAUUUCUCUAUCAAUUGGAUCAGACGUGAUAUGAUUAAUAAUCGUGAUAUGGAAAACCAGAGAGAAACUUUGAACACUCCGAAAUGUGCAUCACGAAACAAAAAUGAUAAAGUCGAAAUGAUGUCAUCCACAUCGAUUGAAGAGUUUUCGGAAAGUGUAUCCAAAUCAGCCUGCACAAGCGGUCAACAAAGUUUUGAUAUAAUUAAUGAUCCUUUUGAGCAUCAACAGAAAAAUGUCUGGGUCGGUUUAACGGACAAACAACAACCGAUAUUUAGAACAAUGGGAAUACAGGCGAAUGCAGAAAUGGAAGACAAUGCAAUUCAAACCUCCUUAAUUUUUACCGCGGUCAAGGAAAAACAUGGGCCUUUUUUGCAAGAAACAAUAGUAAACAAGAAACCAGUUUAUAUUGUGUAUCCUAAUUACACAUUACCUGAUUUGUCAUUUCUCAAGAUUAAGGAUACUGAAAUCAAUAAUUUAACGUUAAAGCCGCACAUGUUCGACAAAAAUAACGUAGAAUGGAAACGUACCAUUCAUUCAAGUAAACCAUUUUCAUGCAACGAUAUUGAUGCGUUGCGACAACGUGGAUUCGCACAUAUAAAGGAUUGGGAGUCGUUGACGUUUCUCUUGCCGUACGAAUACAAAAAGAUUUUGCACGAUGUACCGGAAGUAUCAAAAUAUAUUAAUAUCAACGAGGAAGUUAAACGACCUUUGUUCUGUUUGUCUCCUCCAGUGCGUCACAAAAUUGGACCUAUCAGUGAAUUUGUGCCGACUAACACUUCGUCAACGAGCAGUACCGCGACGCAACCAUCUUCCGGAUAUAGAGGUUCAUCGACGAUUUUAACCGAUUCUUCGACAAAUCAGCCGCCGUUAUUGAACAAUGCAGUGAAUCCGUUGUAUUUAUAUCGUUAUGAUAGUAUUAGUUCAGAAACUAGUCUGAUGAACAACGACAAGAAGAUACAUAUGCUUAAUCAAACGAGACAAGCUUGCCCGUCUCUUCCGAGGCGAUCAGUAUCGUUGUUGCAGGGUGAAGACGAACCUGGCUUUAAUAACAGUAGAGUACCACCACGACCGCCGUUGCCUAGAAGUAUUUUACGGAAAAACAAAAUUCUGGCGAAUAAACGGUAUAGCAUGUUUGAGAUGGGAGAUGUGGGCGAACAAUCGGAGGAACUAUCCACAGAGAUAAACAAGAGAAUGUCUUUACAAGAGCCGUACUACAUGAACAAUGAUUUGCAGUUGUUAUACUACGGAACUGAGAAGGAUGUCGACGAGACAGAAGCGGAGAGAUGUUUUAAAGAGAAAUUAAAUGAGAUUACAAAUAACACGAACAUGGAAUCGGAAGUUUAUCAGCAUAACGAUGACGAUAUAAAACAACUAGAGGAAUAUCUAAAACACAGUGCAAUUUCGUCACAAAGUGAUGGAGACAUCGAGAACGCGGAAGUUAAAGUGAGAUCGCAUGUAAGGAAAUUUUUAGCUUUGAAAAUGAAUAAGGAUCCGCUUAUUAGAGAUGCCGAUAUAGGAGAAUCACAGAGAAAAACCGUCAGUUUUGCCGUAAACCAAAAAAAAAAGCAUUUAGAUGCAGAGUUAAAUAAUUUUAAUGCCAUUGUAAAUGAUCAAAAUCAGGAUCAGGAGAUUGAGAAUAGACUGAUGGAGUUUGAAGAGAAGAGAAAAAUGGUGUCGUCUGUAAAUAGAGCAGUAGAUCUUUUAUUAAAAUAUUGGAACGCCGACUCCAACCACAGUCGUCCUAAUUAUAAUGAAAGAAAUGAGUGUGCGCAAAUCUGUUUAAGUACCUUGUGUCCAGCUUUAUACACUAUUAUGUCAGAUGGUUUAAAACCUUAUUUGAACUCUACCUUUGGACCAAUUACUAAUAGCGUUUGGCAAAUCGUGGAAGCUAGUUCUCAACAAGGACCUCUUACAAAAACCUUGAAUGAAUUGGUACAAAAAAUUAAUGGUGAAGAUAUUAUUACAGAAGGAAUGUUAAAAUUCCAUGCAUUCGUAUUUGGCUUACUGAAUCUAAGAGCUCUAGAUGCAUGGUUCGCAUAUCUAUGUACACGUGAAUCAAUUUUACGGAAACAUUACAGUAACAACAGUUUAUUCGUCGCGGCUUUAGCGAAUGCUAAUGCCCGAGAAAUUGUCGAUUCAUUGUUAUACAUUUUGAAUCCGCUUGCAUUUUGUCCAUUCCAUUUGGAUCUUCUCUAUCAAUAUCGUCAAUUACAGAAUAGCUUUGGGAAUAUGAACAGUCAUACUAUAAAUGCCAUGAGCUUUAGAAAUGCCGAUUUAACUUUGAAAGACCUCAAGGAUGAGAAACCGGAAUUCUGCGGAAUGGUUUUCAGUCCGAAAAAGACGCGGCCGAAAUCUCGCAUUGCUUACAACGUAGAUGACAAAUAUGUUGUGCAUAAAGAUGACUUUCAGAACCCAAAAAAGCAUUUUAGCGCCUUAAGUUCGAAGACGUUUUACACAUUAGAUAAAUUUACUUCUGAAGAUUCCGAGGAUUAUACAGACAGUCUGGAACAUUCUUCUCUAAAUAGAAAGGCAAACAAGCAGCCACAACAAUCGAAGCUAUUAAAUCCUGAUUCUAAAUCGAAUGAUGAUGAUGGUCUUUCUGGAGAAACAAGAUUCAGAAAACUUCAAGAAAAAUGGGAAUUUAUGAUUGGCAAGGAAGGCAAUAAGAUUCAAUCUGCAGUAACGACUCCCUCGUCGCCAGUUAGGACUUUUGGAACGGUAGGGAAGUCGAAGAUACCUAGGUUGCUCACAUCACCGAUAAAACAGUUUAACAUUGCGGCGAAUACUACCGGAAAACCGAUGAUUAAGUCACCCAUAUCGGGAAUUCCGUCGUUAAAGAAACCCGCUAUACUUCCCACAACAAAAACGACGCCGAAGAAGUCUAUGGACACGAAAACGAAAAAUACGACGCGGCGUACCAGUCGCGUCGAUCAGGAUAUCUUAGGCGUCACACGAACUGCACGUCCAAGUUCCUUACCCUACAAAUCACAUGGAAUAACAUCAAAUGACAAAAAUGUAACCUCACCUCACAGACGAGCUGCUUCGACCUCUUUACCGCGUCCAGCCUUUACCGCCAUUUCGAGAACGCCAGUUCCAAAACUUUCACAUAAAUCCGUACGAUAAUGAUUCGUGCGUCUCGAUUGCAGAGAAGUUCGCACUCUCACUCACAGGAUACCGUCGGAUACCGGUCAGCUCUCGUUCGCAGAAGGGGAGAAAUUGAAAGUAAUAUUAGAGAUGGAUAAUAAAUGGUUGUUGUGCAUGAAAGGCGAUCGAAGAGGUUUGGUGCCACGAGCAUGUGUGCGCAGCGUUCAAACUUAGAUCCUCUUCCCAACAAUAUUUCAUGAUCAUAAUUGUAACCAUGGACUCGCUCAACACUCGCAACUGUAAUGUCAUCCUCGAAGCAAGGCAAAGACAAGCGAGUUGCGAGGGCAAGUUGAAAAGUUCAAAUUAAUUUCGGCAUGAUAUAAUAGUGAUGUACAGUGUAUUAAAUUUUAAGCUAUACGAUUAUAUAAUAUGCAUUAUCACGCGCUUGUAAAGUUAUUUUUAAUCGGAGUUUAAUUAAGAUUACCUCGUUUCUAUCGAAAUGCAAUAAUAGUAUUAUUGCUAGCGACGCUAUCGAGGACAUAGAGAUAUCACUUGGUCAUAGUCUCGAAUGAUAUUAAUAUAUAUAGUUUAUAGGUUGACAUCCAUAUUUAAAUUUAUUUGAAUAUAUACGCGUAAAUAGGAUAAUGACUCAAUAUGUCCUCGACGAGUAAAGAGCCGAUAACAAGAUGUAUAAUAACUUACACAUAUUAUAAAUGUAACUGUGAUUCUAGUAAAUAGGCAAAUAAGUUUAUUAGUAUGUACACGCGGUGUAUAUUUCAUUUUGAUGUUUAUAUACUGUGACUUUGUAAUUUAUUUAUGUCCAUACUUUGCACAAUAAUUCUUCAUUCUCAUUCUAUUCGAUGUACGAAUCAUCAUUCUGGUAUAUAUCUUUACAAUGGC